CAUUCUGCGGCUUUUUCGGUUCAGUGUCUCGGUCGCGGGGAAAGAGACCGUCACUUUUUUUUUUUAUAGAGGUGGAGUUCGCUGUGCUUCAACUCCGGGAGACCAGGCAUCUGCGGCAAUGUUAACACAGAGCUGAAACUACACAUCUGCUGGCUCUGAUACAUGACAGCAUACACCAGUCAUGGAGUUCAACAAAUUUGUGACCUUGUGGAUAUUUUGCUUGUGUCUCGUUGGAGAAAGCUGGACUGAAAAAACAAGUUCACCGACGCCGGACAGUCAGAUUGUUGAAAACGGGGUGUCAGAUUUUUGUCGCAUCGAUGAGCCACUGUGCAAGGAUGAGAAUGCCCUUCUCAGCUUCGAGGCUAUCCGUAGUAUUCACAAGCAGAUGGAUGAUGACGCAAACGGCAAUGUAGACAUUGUAGAGACAGACGGCUUCCUGAGAGAGGAUCUAAACUACCAUGACCCCAAGGCCAGGCAUAACAGCUUCCAUGGGGAUGACCAGUUCAUCAGUGUGGAGGACUUGUGGAACGCGUGGAAGGGCUCUGAAGUGUAUAAUUGGACAGUGGAUGAGGUGGUGGAGUGGCUUAUCACCUAUGUGGAACUGCCGCAAUAUGUGGAUGCAUUUCGCAAGAUGAAUUUUAAUGGAAGUGCCAUGCCAAGGCUUGCCGUAAAGAACACCACACUGACACUCUCUAUUCUGAAGAUUUUGGAUCGCAGCCAUGUGCAAAAAUUGCAGCUCAAGUCUUUGGACACUGUGCUGUUUGGAGCGCCCCUGAUGAAUAGACACAACCACUUGAAGGACUUCAUGCUGGUCGUGUCAAUAGUCAUAGGCAUGGGUGGCUGCUGGUUUGCCUACAUCCAGAAUCGCUACUCUAAGGACCACAUGAAGAAGAUGAUGAAAGACCUGGAGGGCCUGCAGAGAGCUGAGCAGAGUCUGCAUGACUUACAACAAAAGCUGCAGAUCGCCCAAGAAGAGCACCGUACAGUAGAGGUGGAGAAGGUGAACCUGGAGCAGAAGCUGAGGGAUGAGAUCAAUGCAGCCAAGCAGGAGGCCCAGCGACUGAGAGAGCUGCGUGAGGGCACGGAGAAUGAACUGAGUCGCCAGAAGUAUGCAGAAGAGGAGCUAGAACAGGUGCGCAUGGCAUUGAAGAAAGCUGAGAAGGAGCUGGAGUCACGGAGUGGCUGGUCACCACCAGAGUCUCUCCAAAAGUGGCUGCAGCUCACCCACGAGGUAGAAGUUCAGUACUACAACAUCAAGAAACAAAAUGCUGAACGGCAGCUCCUGGUAGCCAAAGAAGGGGCAGAGAAGAUAAAGAAAAAGAGGAACACUCUCUUCGGGACUUUCCAUGUGGCUCACAGCUCCUCCCUGGAUGAUGUUGACCACAAAAUACUGGCAGCCAAACAAGCCCUGGGUGAGGUGACCGCUGCUUUGCGGGAGAGGCUUCAUCGCUGGCAGCAGAUAGAGAUCCUCACAGGUUUCACCAUCGUCAACAACCCAGGCCUCCCUUCGCUGGCCUCAGCCCUCAACCUCGAUCCCAGCUUCAUGGGUGGCAGAGCUACACCUCAGCACUUCAUCAUGUCUGACGAUAUGGACGACUUGGAUGAGGAUAUCAUGCCUGGAACUCUGCAAUAUGGCACCCGACUGUUGGAACGGCGAGCCAGUGACCUGUGGUCCGUCAGUUCAGACUGUCAGCCCAUAUGGAAACAUCAUGCUCCCAGUAUGAUGUCGCUGCGCCAACGCCACAUUGACCCCCAGCUGGCCAUGGGCUCCCAGAGGUUGGUAGAGAGUUUCGCGGGGCAGCAGGGAGAGGGAACCCCUUACCCAUCCAGGUCUAGGGCUACCCUCAGACAGUCACGCAGCCAAUCGUUUGGGCAGCUGGAGUGUCUCCCUCUGCCCCCUCUUUCCUCAGCCGUGUCACAUCCCUCCAUCAUCUGUACCUCCAACCCAAAUCCUCCGUCCCUGUCCCCUUUGUCUGCCUCUUCUUCCUGCUUACCUAGCUCUGUGGGUGGCAGUGUAGCACCUUAUUCCUCCCAUUUAUAUCACACAUCUUUCCAGCCCAUGGACCCCAUUCCUGAUUUCACCUUCUCAGAUGACCCCAAAGCGCACUCCUCGUGCAGCGACAGCUACGGGGACCUAAAUCGCUCUGACUCCGACUCCUCCCUGUCCCUCUCCCAAGUUGGUGAUCGGCUAUCUGCCUACAGCUCCAAAGGCCACCUAAUCAAGCCCACUUCUCUCAUGCACAGCCUGUCUGGCCGCACAGAGGAUGCCGUCUCACUGCACGCUCACACCCCCAACGGUGGGAACCGCAUUCACGAAGGCAGUCCUGCUGAGCCCGUCGCUGACAGCCCCAUACUCAUGAAGAAGGUGUACGGCAUGGAGAAGUCGCCCAGCCUGGGAGAGAUCAACUGCUUGUCAGAGUCAUCACGCUCCCUCAGCCCCAACUCAACUGAACCUGACACACCAUCCCCCACAGGAGGGCAAGCAGGGGCCGUAGGGGCAAAGGGCAACAGCCGCAUCCCACAGCUGUCCUCCAAGAAGAGCCCUCUGGAGGAGGACAGUGGCUCAACCGGAGAAGACACAGAUUCAACUGCCAGCCGCAAGAAACACACCUUCAAGAUCUUCAAGAAACAGAGGAAAUAAGGGCUACCUGAACUAAAAGCUGUCAAAGCUGUCUGACUGUAUUCCUCUGGUCUGUUUUUGAAAAAAAAAGUUUCAAAGUUUUUGGGGUUUAUUAAUGGUGAAAUGAUGGCACAAUUUGUUGCCAUUGCAUCUUUGUGUGGGUUUAUCCUACUGAGAGAAAAUAUGGACUGUGGGAGCAAGCAGCUGUUUUAGUGUCAGUUUUAUCCACUUAUUUGGUCAAUGUGGAAUAUGUAGGGGAAUGGGGUAGGUUUGUAUAUUGGAAUGUAAAGUAUUAUUUAUUCUGCAGGAAAUUGUGCCAGUCUCAAAGGGAAACGUGUCUCCCAGUUGGUUUUUCUUUCUUGUUCUAUGAUCUAUAACAUUUUUGCAUGUCUUCACUUUUGUUUGACUGAUAAUCGAAUGCUCUUAGUGUUAGCUUGGUUCUUGUCGUUAACCUGCUUAGACAAAACUUGAUGUUUCUUUUAUUACUACCUAACCACCUAGCCUACAAAUCCAAAGUGAAUGCACAGUCCUUUAUUUUCACUUGACUACUUUGUUUUUAUUGAUGGUUACCAGUUUUAUCUGUCUUUUGUUGUCUUUUUCUUGGCAGAGCAAAUAACACAUUCACGAGAUCCUCAAA